GGAUUUUCCGAAGUUCAUCGUGCAUUUGAUUUAAAAGAACAACGUUAUGUUGCUUGUAAAAUACAUCAGUUGAAUAAAGAAUGGAAAGAUGAGAAAAAAGUCAAUUAUAUUAAACAUGCUCUUCGUGAAUAUAAUAUACAUAAACAUCUCGAACAUAAACGUAUUGUUAAAUUAUUUGAUGUAUUUGAAAUCGAUACAAAUUCAUUUUGCACGGUAUUAGAAUAUUGUCAUGGAAAUGAUUUAGAUUUUUUUCUUAAACAAAAUAAAACUAUACCAGAAAAAGAAGCACGUUCAAUAAUAAUGCAAACUAUAAAUGCACUAAAAUAUUUAAAUAUCGAAAUUAAACCACCAGUGAUUCAUUAUGAUUUAAAACCGGGCAAUGUUCUACUUGGAUCAGGUGAAAAGAGUGGUGAAAUAAAACUAACUGAUUUUGGUUUAAGUAAACAAAUGCACGAAGAUUCAUAUGAUGAUGUUGAUGGUAUGGAUUUGACGUCGCAAGGAGCUGGAACAUAUUGGUAUUUACCUCCAGAAGUAUUUGUUCAAGGUCCAAAUCCACCUAAAAUAUCAUCAAAAGUCGAUGUAUGGAGUGUUGGAUGUAUAUUUUAUCAAUGCCUUUAUGGUAAAAAACCGUAUGGUCAUAAUUUAUCUCAGGCAGCCAUAUUAGAUCAACAAACAAUUUUGAAUGCCAAAGAAGUUGUUUUUCCUAAUCGUCCACAAGUAUCGAAUGAAGCAAAAUUAUUUAUAAAACGUUGCCUAACAUAUAAUGUCAAAGAUCGUCCAGAUGUAAUUCAAUUAAGUGAAGAUGAGUAUUUAAAAUCUUAUCCAAGGCGUACAACAUCUACAUCAUCAUCUGUAUUAUUUUGUCCGAAAUAA